CGCCCCGCCCCGCCCGCCUCUUCCGAGUCUCCUUCAUCCCCGAGCGAGGCCGCCAGAAGUUAUCACAUCUAUCUAAGCAGGCAAGGGUUUGGUUUUUUGGAGGUCAUUGAGAUUCAGAAACGAAACAGGUGCUGUGAGUCUAAAAGAUUCUUACCAUAUGGACCAAGCAAUUCUUCUGCUGUGUUUAUUAGAAUCUGUAUUUCAGAUUUCAAAGAGUCUAGACUGUGAUCAAGUGAGAAGACCUACAAGACCAGUUUUGCUAGAGUGGUCUGAAUUCCCAAAAGGAGAAAAUCCAGAACUUUAUGUUGUAACAUAUCAGCAAACAGAUGACUUCCACAAAAAAAAUGUAGAAAAUAUUUCUACAGUUGUGUCUAAACCUCUGAAUUCUAUUCUGCUAGAAGAAAACAAAAGCUAUGAUGUUACAAUAGAAGCAUUAAAGAAUGGGAAAAUCUUGAGUGGAAAAUCAUUUAAGACACGUGGAAUCUCAGUGAACAACAUCAAAACAUUUGUGGCCAUGACUACUGUAUCUUUUAACUGGAGUAUACUAGCUAAUGACUUUUCAGUCUCAAUUUCACUGAAUAACAUGUCACGGAUUAUGCAACAAAAUGAUGUCUUCUCUGAAUGGGAUAAUUUAACAUCUGCAACCUUGUAUAGUUUUAAGUUUGAAUUUAAACAACUGCUGCUCGAGUUUAUAAGUGUGUCUCAAACACUGGAUAUUCAAGUUGAAACAGGUUUGUGUUCACAAGGAUGGCUUGCAUUCAAAGGCAGUUGCUAUAAAAUAAGCAGAGAAAGCAAACCAUGGGGUAUGGCACAACAAAUCUGUGAAUUAUCUGCACUGGGGGCACAUCUUGUUGACAUAAAGACUGAAGAAGAAAAUGCAUUUAUAUCUUCUUACCUUCAGAGAUUCAAUAAAAUAAUCAUUCUAUGGACAGGACUUAAUGACAUGAAGGAAGAAGGUCACCUCGUAUGGACAGAUGGAUCUCCUUAUCUUGGAAAAAAUGACAUUUCAUCUUUAUCAGUGAUACCAGAGAAUGAAACUGACUGUUAUGCUUUUCAGCAAAAUCCAACUGGUCCAAACUAUUUCUUCACAGGAUUUUUCUGCUUUUUAUCUUUGCCAUAUAUUUGUGAAUAUGAAUUACCUCCUGUACCAGAUAACUUCAUGUUCUAUGUGCAGGAUAUUCAGACAACGGAAGCUGUAUUUGGUUGGAGUGAUUUGAGGAACUGGCUCAAAUCAGGAUUUGAACUUAUAAUUAAAUACUACCUUGAUCAUUUGGAACAACAUAUUCAAAGCUUGUCUCGAUAUACAACACAUGCCAGAGUUGAUCAGUUGUCUCCUGGACGCUUCUAUAGAUUUUUAUUAUCAGCAAGUAGCCCAAGCGGGGCAUACACUAACUUAAGCCCCAUUCUGCUGGUAGAAACAAGGCCAUUACAUUCUCAAAAUUUAGAGGCUGUCCAUGUCUCAUCAACAGAAAUACAUUUACAGUGGGAUCCUCCGCAGAACUCAACCAGUGCAUCUUUUCAUUACUAUCUUGUCACCAUUUUGGAUGCUGAAACAAACAAAUGGGAGAAGUUAGCAGUUGAAAAAAUUAACACUUCAACAAUAAUUGGAAACCUCAAGCCUUUUCAUCAGUAUUAUAUAUACUUACAGACUGUGGCUGAAAAAGGCUCUCUAAGCUGCAAUGAGAAGACAAUAUUAAUCACAACAGCUGUCAGUCCACCUAGCAGGGUUUUUAUUCAUCCUGAGGAUGUGCAAGAAGACAGCAUGAUUCUUAACUGGGAACUACCACCAGAGGGCCAGAAAUCCUACAUUCAAGUGAAACCUAUUAUGGAUGUGGAUGAAACUGUAACAUUUCAAUUAAACAACACACAGAGCUUAAAGGUUGAUCUUCUAAUCCCUGGAAUGACUUACGAAAUAGCAGUAGCAACUGUGAAUAAUGGAAAUAUGAGUGAACUGAAGAUAAUUCAAUGCACACUAAAGCCUAAACCAGUUGAAAUUGUUGUCCCCUAUGAAGUUCAUAGUUAUUCUGUGAUUUUAUUUAUUAAGAUGCCUGAUGUUGGAAUAUUUGAUGGUAUAUAUGUUACAAGUAAAGGAGGGCCUAAUGCAACAUUUGCUUUAAAGAAUGAUGACACAAUAACUAUUGAAAACUUGAUCCCAGGCACAGAAUAUGACUUUUAUGUUUUCACAAUAAGUGGAAACAUGUUGAGUUCUGUAAAUCAUGUAUCUGCAGUAAGAACAUGUCUGGCAGCUCCAACAAAUGUACGUGAAGGUAAUAUUACUGACACUUCAAUACAAAUUGUUUGGGAUCGUGCUGAUGGAAAUUUUCAGCAGUAUGAAGUCACAUGUACAAAUUGUGCACGUGCUCUAAUGGUACAAAAAAUCACACAAGAAAUGGCAGUAUUUUCCAGCCUUAUUCCUGGAAUGCUAUACAACUUCACGGUUCGAACAGAAAAAGAAGGUUUCAAAGAUAGCCUUUUUGAAAUAAAGGGAAUAGAGACAGAACCAAACUCGGUUAAAUAUGUAAAUCACAGUAAAGAUUCUGAAUCAAUAACUGUCACCUGGCCACCUGCACAAAAUAUAUUCGAUGGCUACAUUGUUUCAAUAGUCAGCAAAAGCUUCAGCAAAAAAGAAAUAUUAUCUUCCAGUGUAAGAAUAUUCAAAUUUGAUGGCCUUCUUCCAGGGACUGACUACUUAUUUAAUAUUGUGACUACCAAUGGAUUAAAAAGAAGUCGUCCUACCAUGCUCAAGAUUAGCACUAAUCCUGAUCCACCCUCUGAUUUACAGGUUUUAGGGAAAGAAGAGCACACCAUAUAUUUUUCUUGGAAAGUGCCAAGGGGAGGAUUUGAUGCAUUUCAGCUUUCCUAUCAUUUGAGAAGCAGUGAAACUCUAUUUACUACAACUGUUAAUGGCAACAGAGCUGUAGUGAAAAAUCUGAUACCUGGAAUGGAGUACUUGUUUCAGUUAAAGACAAUCAAUGGCUUGGAUUCCAGUACAGCUAUAGAGAAAAAAGUUAAUACAAAACCAGCUGCAAUAUGUGGUCUAACAUUAAGGAUGGCCAACACUUCUUCUGCAGCAUUAAUGUGGAAUCCAACAAGGACCAAUUUCACAUAUUAUAAAGCAUUUCUGUCAAACACCACAUUCAUAAAAGAAUAUAACAUUUCAAGAGCACUGUCUGAAUUCACAGUUACCAGUCUGACUGCUGGUGGCAUUUAUAAUUUCACAAUACAAAGAAUAAGAGGAAGUGUUCAAGGAGUUAGCAUGCACAUUGAAAUUGUAACAGAACCUGCAAAGCCAGAAGGACUUAGAGCCUCUAACAUUUCAUCAUAUUUUUUUUCUCUGCACUGGAGACUACCCUAUGGACAUGUAGACAGGUUUCAAGUGGAUCUUACUCCUGAGCAUGGUUUUGUUACUAUCCUAGAACUUGGAGGAGGGCAGUAUCAGGCUGAUUUUUCUAGUACUACUCCUGGAACAACAUACAAUGUGACAGUUUCUUCAGUUUCUUCCUCAGCCUACAGUUCACCAGUCAGUAGAACAGUGACAACAAAUGUAACCAAUCCUGGACCUCCUGUGUUCCUUGCGGGUGAAAGAGUGGGUUCUGCAGGAAUUCUGCUCUCUUGGAAUACACCGCCACAUCCUAAUGGGAGGAUUAUAUCGUACAUUGUUAAAUAUAAGGAGGUCUGUCCAUGGAUGCAAACUACUUAUACAGAAGUUACAGCAAAACCGGAUAGUUUGGAGGUUCUUCUUACCAAUCUUAACCCUGGAACAACUUAUGAAAUUAAGGUUGCUGCUGAGAACAGUGCUGGUGUUGGAGUAUUCAGUGAUCCUUUCCUCUUUCAAACAGCAGAAAGUGCUCCAGGUAAAGUAGUGAAUCUCACAGUUGAGGCCUUAAAUUAUUCAGCUGUAAAUCUGAUCUGGUUUCUGCCUCGGCAACCAAAUGGAAAGAUAACUAGUUUCAAGAUUAGUGUGAAACAUGCAAGAAGUGGAAUUGUAGUGAAAGAUGUCUCUGUUAAAGUAGAGGACCUUCUGUCUGGGAGGUUACCAGAAUGUAAUGAUAACAGUGAAUCAUUUUUGUGGAGUACCACAACACCUUCAACAACUUUUGGAAAAUCUACAGUUCCUUCACAGACUACGCUUACACCAGUUACGAUAGCACCUAGUAAAAUGAGCUCUGUCUGGAAUGAACCAAUUAGCUUUGUUGUAACUAAUCUUAGACCAUAUACCACUUACCUUUUUGAGGUCUCUGCAGUUACCACUGAAGCAGGUUAUAUUGACAGUGCAAUUGUCCGAACACCAGAAUCAGUUCCAGAAGAUGCACCACAGAAUUUUGCUAAAGGCAAUAUUACAGCAAAAUCCUUUUCAGUGUCUUGGGACCCACCAACCAUAGUAACAGGAAAAUUUAGCUACAGAGUUGAGCUAUAUGGACCUUCUGGUCGUAUUGUGGAUAACAGCACAAAAGAUCUCAAGUUUAUAUUUAAUAACCUAAUACCAUUUACAACAUAUGAUGUCUAUGUUGGUGCUGAGACAAGUGCUGGUGUGGGGCCUAAGGCUAAUCUUACAAUUUUCACUCCAGCUGGAGUUCCAAGUGCUGUAUCUGAUUUACAACUAGUAGAGGUAGAAGCCACACUCAUAAAAAUUGUUUGGAGAAAACCACAGCAACCAAAUGGAAUUAUUACUCAAUAUAGGGUUACAGUCAUAGUUCAGAAUACAGGAGAGCCUCUAGAAAAUACAAUUCUCACAGGAAAAAUUAAGUAUUUGAUUGAUUCUAUGGAUCCAGACAUAAUAAAUGAAAAUAUCCAGUCUUUCACCUGGAAUACAAUAGAAACAGCCACUGGAUUAUAUGAAGGCUCAGGCGAGAUGUUCUCCACAAUACAAACAGAUUCCCCAGGAAUAUUUAUGAGUUUGUCUAAUGAUAAUUUGCCCAAUAUGGAUGGAGCUGAAGAAUUACAUUCAGCUUCUGAUAACGAAUAUGCCAUUGAUAUUUCAGCUGAAGAGCUGUCAUAUGUUAUAAAAGGCCUUCUGCCUUUCACAAACUACACAAUCAGUGUGUCUGCUUUCACUAUGAUUGGAGAAGGGCCACCAGCUGUUCUCUCAGUUAGAACAUGUGAACAAGUGCCCAGCUCAGUACAAAAUAUACAUUAUAAAAAUAUUAGUUCAUCAUCUGUUUUGCUAUAUUGGGAUCCUCCAGCAAAUCCAAAUGGAAAAAUCACUCAUUAUACAGUUUAUGCAAUGGAAUUGGAUACAAAGAGAACAUUCCAGUUGAUAACCACAAACAACAGCUUAUUUAUAACAGGUUUGGAAAAGUACACAAAUUAUAAAAUGAGAGUAGCAGCAUCCACUACUGUGGGAGAGAGUGCUCUGUCUGAAGAGAAUGAUAUUUUUGUAAGAACACCAGAAGAUGAACCAGGCUCCCCACCUCAGAAUGUAAAGUUAUUAGAUGCAACUGCAACAGAAAUAAACUUGAGAUGGUCACCACCUGAUCAACCUAAUGGGAUCAUAACUCAUUAUGAAGUUUUGUACAAUUAUGCCAAUGAUCUAUUUAUUAAAAAUACCUCAAAUACAAGUAUUUUAUUACGUGGACUGAAACCUUACACUGCCUACAACAUUUCUGUAAGGGCUUUUACUAGACUGGGCCAUGGAAAUCAGUCAUCAUUUCCACUGUCUGUAAGAACUCCUGAAACUGUUCCUGAUACUGCCCCAGAAAAUAUCACGUAUAGAAACAUCUCAUCUAUGGAAAUCGAAUUAUCAUUUUUUCCACCAUCUGAUCCCAAUGGGAUCAUACAGAAGUACACUGUAUACCUCAGGGAGAGUAAUGGAACUGAGCAAAGAAUCAUAAAUUCUACCCUUCAGACACUACGUAUUACAGGUUUAAAGAAAUAUACAAAAUAUACAGUAGAAAUAUCUGCAAGCACUACCAAAGGUGAAGGGGUUCAUAGUGCACCACAUGACAUACUGACAGAUGAAGAUGUUCCUAGUUCUCCUCCAGAAUCACUUUCUGUAAAACAGUUGUCGGGUGUCAUUGUGAAGUUGUCAUGGAAACCACCACUGGAGCCAAAUGGAAUUAUCCUUUAUUACACAGUUCAUGUCUGGGAUAAAAUGUCAAAAAGAAGUGUUAAUGUCACUGAAACAUCACUGCAGUUCACAGACCUUGAAAAUAACAAUGAAUAUAGUGCUUAUGUAACAGCAAGUACCAGAUUUGGGGAUGGAAACAUAAAAAGUAGCACAAUAAAGUUUAGAACUUCUGAAGGAGCACCGUCUGAUCCACCAAAAGAUGUAACGUAUGUAAACCUCACAUCCUCAUCAAUAUUGAUCUUCUGGUCCCCUCCUCAAAAGCCUAAUGGGAUUAUACAGUAUUAUUCAAUUUAUUACAAAAAUAAUUCGGGCAUUUUUAUGCAGAAUUUCACCCAUUAUAAUGUUGACAGUGGUGCUGAUAAUAAAUCUCUGUCUGCAGUAUUAGACAACUUGGCAAAAUUCAGCUACUAUACUCUUUGGUUAACUGCAAGUACUGCCUUUGGAAAUGGAAACAAAACCAGUGACGUAAUAGAGGUGUAUACAGAUCAAGAUAUUCCAGAUGGUCCGGUUGAAAGUUUGACCUACCAAAAUAUUUCUUCAACUGCUAUAAAUGUAAGCUGGCUUCCACCAUCUCAGCCAAAUGGCAUUGUGCUCUUCUACGUUUCUCUGAGUUUGUGGAAUAUUCAGAAUCACAGUGAGAUACUGUCUCUCAUUACCUAUAAUACGAGCAUGGUUUUUGAUAAGCUAGAAAAAUAUACUGAUUAUCUUCUGCAAAUCACUCCGGCGACAGAAAAGGGACUCUCUGAAAUUCACACUGCAGGUCUGCACAUCAAAACUGAUGAAGAUGUCCCAGAAUCUGCGCCUAUAAUCACAACUUUUAAAAAUCUUUCAUCUACCUCAGUUCUGUUGUCGUGGGAUCCUCCACUCCAUCCAAGUGGUAUCAUAAUAAGUUAUGAUUUAAACUUACUUGAACCAGGGAAGAGUAAUUAUUUUUUUACCUCCAAUAAUUCCAUCAUUUUGGAAGAUCUUUUGCCAUUUACAUUGUACAGUUUUUUUGCUGCUGCAAGAACUAUAAAAGGUCUUGGUCCAUAUGCUACACUUCUCUUUUACACAGAUGAAUCAGUUCCAUUAGCGCCUCCUCAGAAUUUGACUAUUGUCAACUACACAGCAGAUUCUGUGUGGCUAAAGUGGAAUCCAAGUCCUCAGCCAAAUGGUGUUAUUAAGAGAUAUACUUUCAAGAUUCACCAAGGCAAUAAUGAAAACCUAUUUUUUCAGAAUGUUUCAGGUUCACAAAAUGAGGCAAACCUUGUUGGAUUGGAGCCAUUCAGCACUUAUUUUAUCAGUAUUUCAGCCUUUACAAAAGUUGGAAAUGGCAAUCAGUUCAGUAACAUCAUCAAAUUCACAACAAAGGAAUCAGUUCCAGAUAUUGUCCAGAAUGUUCAGUGUACUGCAACUAGUUGGCAGUCAGUUCUAGUGCAGUGGGACCCACCUUCCAAGUCAAAUGGCAUCAUUACACAUUACAUCAUAAGUUCUGAAGGAAAUUCUACAAACUUUUCUUUUUAUGACAUGGUGCACACUGUCAGACAUCUGAUGUCAAAUGUUUCUUACCAAUUUAAAAUAAGAGCUGCAACAUCUGCUGGUGAAGGAGAAGAGCAGAUCUGUAAUGCCAGCACAUUUCCAGAAAGAGUUCCCAGUGCUCCCAGAGAUAUUGCUUUUUCCAAUGUGCAAUCAACAAGUGUGACCUUGAGAUGGAUAACACCAGAUAGCAUCCUUGGCUACUUCCAAAACUACAAGAUUACUAUCCAGCUACAGUCAAUGCAUUGUGAAGAUUGGGAAAUCAAUGGAUGUGUGGAGUAUGAGAAGGUUCAGUACUCACAUGGAAAUGUUGUUGGAGACCAUAUUGAGGAGACAGUACAUGAACUAAAAAAAUUCAGAUGGUAUCGGUUUAAAGUGGCAGCAAGUACAAACGCUGGUUAUGGCAGUUCUUCGCCCUGGAUUUCUACACAAAUGCUGCCUGGCUCUCCAGAUGGUCCUCCAGAAAAUGUAACUGUAGUAGCUGUAUCUCCUCACAGUAUUAAUAUCAGCUGGAAUGAACCUGACAUCAUUACUGGACCAACAAGCUACCUCAUAAACAUUACCUCAGUAGAUAGUGACAAUUACAAAGCUGUAUUUCUUAAGACAAAUGAUGAGGAUAGAACCCUGGAAAUUUCAGAUUUAAAAGCAUUUACAAAAUAUUCUGUGGUAAUCAUCGCCUUUACAGGAGAUGUAAAUGCUGCAUAUCUUGAGGGCAAAGCUAGCACACCAGUAAUUGUCUCCACUUUUGAAACAGUGCCUAAAGACCCACCAAACAACAUAACAUUUCAGAAGAUACCAAAUGAAGUAACAAAAUUCCAAGUGACAUUUGUGCCACCCUCUGAACCUAAUGGAAAUAUUCAAAUAUAUCAAGCUAUGGUUUACAAUGAAGAAGACCCUUCUGUUGUCCAGAUUCACAAUCUAAGUGUCAUUGACAAAACAAAUAAAUUAAUCACUGCUAUGAUAGAAGGGCUAAAAGGAGGCUAUACAUAUAACAUAAGUGUGUAUGCAAUCAACAGUGCUGGUGCAGGGCCAAAAAUCCAGCUGAAAAUAACCAUGGAUAUAAAAGAACCACCACGCCCUAAGAAGAAACCAACACCAGUUUACAAUAAGAGUGGGGCGCUACUUGUUACUGAUACAACAAUUGCUAUCAAAAUGCCUGUUUGUUACUAUAGUGAUGUCCAUGGACCUAUUAAAAAGAUACAAGUUCUUGUAGCUGAAGCAGGAGUUCAGCAUGAUGGGAAUGUUACUAAGUGGUAUGAUGCCUACUUCAAAAAGCCAAGGCCAUAUUUUACCAAUGAAGGCUUUCCUAAUCCACCAUGUUUAGAGGGAAAGGAAGGAGUGAGUGUUAAAGAAGAUGUAUAUGUCAUAGGUGCUGAUACCACAUGUUUGAUACCAGGCAGUGAAGAUAAAAUCUGCAAUGGCCCACUGAAACCAAGAAAGCAAUACUUAUUUAAGUUCAGAGCAACAAAUGUUAAAGGCCAGUUUACAGAUUCUGAAUAUUCUGACCCUAUCAAAACUUUAGGUGAGGGAGUGGCAGAAGGAUCUACAGAAGCAGGACUUGCAGUUACAUUAUGUAUACUUUCCAUGAUUCUUCUUGUGGCAGCAGUCUAUGCUUUUGCAAAGAUCCGAAAAAAGCAAAAAGAGGGAGGCACGUAUUCCCCACGGGAUGCAGAAAUUAUCGACACUAAAUUCAAACUGGAUCAGUUGAUUACAGUGGCAGACCUGGAAUUGAAGGAUGAAAGAUUUACACGAUGCUCUUCAUUUUUCUUUAGACGCAAGGAGAUAUAUGUCAUCCAGUUACUUAGUUAUAGAAAGUCCAUCAAGCCAAUAAGCAAGAAAUCCUUCCUACAACAUGUUGAAGAGCUUUGCACAAACAACAACCUAAAGUUUCAGGAAGAAUUUUCGGAACUUCCCAAGUUUCUUGAAGACCUUGCUUCUACUGAUGCUGAUCUGCCCUGGAACAGGUCUAAGAAUCGCUUUCCAAACAUAAAGCCAUAUAAUAACAACAGAGUGAAGCUGAUGGCUGAUGCUGGUAUACCGGGAUCUGAUUACAUCAAUGCCAGCUAUGUUUCUGGCUACCUAUGUCCAAAUGAAUUUAUUGCUACUCAAGGGCCAUUGCCAGGAACAGUGGGUGAUUUCUGGAGAAUGGUGUGGGAGACUAGAGCAAAAACACUUGUGAUGCUUACACAGUGUUUUGAAAAAGGACGGAUAAGAUGUCAUCAAUACUGGCCAGAAGACAAUAAACCUGUAACUGUGUUUGGAGAUAUAGUGAUUACUAAACUAAUGGAAGAUAAUCAAAGGGACUGGACCAUCAGGGAGAUAAAAAUUGAAAGACAUGGCGAUUUCAUGAUGGUACGCCAAUGUAAUUUUACUUCUUGGCCUGAGCAUGGGGUGCCUGAAACUACUGCUCCAUUAAUCCAUUUUGUAAAGCUGAUCCGUGCAAGCCGAGCACAUGACAAUACGCCUAUGGUUAUUCACUGCAGUGCUGGAGUUGGCAGAACAGGAGUUUUUAUUGCCUUGGACCAUUUAACCCAGCAUAUAAAUGAUCAUGAUUUUGUGGACAUCUAUGGACUUGUAGCUGAGCUGAGAAGUGAGAGAAUGUGUAUGGUACAGAAUCUGGCACAAUAUAUUUUUUUGCAUCAGUGUGUUUUGGACCUAUUGACAAGCACAGGAAGCAGUCAGCCCAUAUGUUUUGUAAAUUAUUCAGCAUUGCAAAAGAUGGACUCUUUGGAUGCCAUGGAAGGUGAUGUGGAACUUGAAUGGGAAGAAACUACCAUGUAAAUACUUGGGACAAAUAUUAUUAGGUCUUGGAAAACAAAAUGUUUUUUUUCUAAGUUCAGGGGCCAAAGUAAAUUCCCCUAUUACAAUGAAUUAAAUAGAAAGCAUCAUUUUAAAAAAUAUUGAAAUGAUUCUUCUCCUUGCAAUGUGCCUUCAUUAAUGUGGUAAACUAUUUUGUUCAAAUAACUAGACAAUAAAGAACAGCAAUACUUUGCACCAGCUGCAGUUCUGGUGUUACAUACCAUAAAUACUGUAUUCAUUAUGUAUUUAAAUUAAAAGUGUGCUCUGAACAAAUUCUCUUUCUUAUCUUGUAAAAGAUGAGAAGUUAUCUUGUAAAAGAUUAAAAGGAGCCAAAUGUGAUGUAAAAUUUUCAUAUUCCUAGCGUGUAUACUUCAGUGUGAAUUUGCUGUAGUCUUUGUGUUUGGUUUUGAGUAAAAGCAACAAUUCCUUGACACAGUUGAAUUAGUUUGGCCUCAAGGGUGUUGACAAUUCUUGUGGAUUACUUCCAGUAUUGUCACAAUGAUCUUUACCUAAAUGUAUGUUCUUAUGUUUUGAAUCUUCUGUUUUAUGAGUGCUAGGAUAUCAUCUUAUGAUCCCGAACAGCUGAAGAGACACCCUCUGACACUCUGAGGAUUAUUCAGCUUUUACACAGCACACAGUAGCUCUUUGAGGACACUUGGGGCUAUUUAAGCUAACUUGUGAUCAGUGGGUUGUUUUUCUAAAUGUGAUUGGUGGUUACACAUGCUUGGUGAUGAAAAAUUAUAUCUCACAUUCCUACUACUUUUGUAAAACUGAUACAAUAAAGUUUUAAAUUUAUUACA